AUGAAACAAAAAUCUCAUAGAAAUAAUCGUGCUCGAGGUCGUACGAACGAAGCAACUAAAUUCCGCCUCGUGCUCUUAUCCUCUACCCACUGGAAUGGUGAGGUUAGUGAGAUAAGUAGAUUAGUCAGCGAAUCCCCACGCCGCCGCAAGAGAAAACAAAAGGCGACUGUUGCGCCUCGCCUCAGUCCUCGCGAAGCAUCCCUUGGGCUCAACUGUUUCAGCGCCGCACUGCAGUUGGCAGCUGCUGCCGCCUCUGAACACGGCAUGAUCGUAAGAGGCGCGCUGGUGCUCGCGCUGACGCUGGCGCUGGCGCUGGCGCUGGCGCUGGCGCUGGCGGGGGCAGGGGCGGAGUCGUGCGCGGAGGGCCCGUCGCCGCCCGGGGCCGAGGGGCGGCGCCCGCGGCGCGCCCGCAGCCCGGACCGGCGCCGGGGCAGGUUCAUGAGCUGGGACGGCGAGGACGGCGACGGCGUGCCCGCGCCCAUGCCCUCGCCCUGCGAGCUGCCGCCACCCUGCCCUCCGCUCGGCUUCGCGCCCUUCCCGCCCACCGUCGGCUUCUACCGGCCCCACGCCGCCCCCGCGCGCUGGCAGUUCGCCCGGCAGCUCUGCCUCAAGGACGACGCGCACUUGGCGCUGCCCAGCUCGCAGAUUGAAGUCAAAGUACUGAUAGAGUUGAUGAAAAUGAAUAAUAUGACAAGUAUUUACGUUGGAUUCUACAAGACCAAGAAAGGCGAAUACUUCAGUGUCCUAGGCAAGAAGAUGAGCGAGAAGGAAGCGGCGCUAUGGAACGUCGCGCGCCACUCUCCAGAGGACAGCGCGGAGUGCGUCUGCCUGGACGCCCAAGGGCUCGCGCCCAGCCCUUGCGACGCUCUCCUGCCCUUCGUCUGCGAGUUGUGAGCGCCGUCUUCAAAGGGAUUCGUUCCGAUUCAACACAUUCGAUUCCGGAAUCGAUUCUUUUCGUUCGAUUCCUAGGGAAUCGGUAUUCGAUUCCUUUGCUUCCGUUUCUUGCUGGAAUCGACUCCAAAAUGCUGGAAUCGAUUCCAAAAUGCCGGAAUCGAAUUAAAUGGUUACCUUCGAUUUAUACCACUACUUAUGAUAAGUAGAGAAGAUUUAUUCUACCAACUAAUUUUGCCAUAUUAUUACAAUGCAUAUUUAGAAAAAAUAAUUCACUCAAAUUGGUGGUUGACAGACAUAAUGAAUACAUUG